AUGGCAGCCCUUCAAGGUCUACGGUCCACGUACCGCAUGAACUCGGGUCAUGAAAUCCCGAUCCUUGGAUACGGAGUCUAUAUGAUUCCUUCUUCGAAAACUGAGCGGAGCACUCUGGAAGCCUUCAGAAUCGGUUAUCGCCAUGUGGACUCCGCAAUUAUGUAUGGCAACGAGCGCCCAUGCGGUCGCGCCAUCCAGAAAUCUGGAAUCGACCGCUCUCAGCUCUUCUUUACAACCAAGAUCCCACCUGAAUCGAUGGGCUACGAUCGCACCAAACGAGCCAUCAAAAGCAGUCUGAAAGAGGCCGAGCUGGAUUAUUUCGACCUAAUUCUGAUUCACGCUCCCUACGGCGGAAAGCAAGCCCGUCUUGGCUCGUGGCGUGCAUUAGUCGAGGCCCAAGAGGCAGGAAAGAUCAAAUCGAUCGGGGUUUCGAACUACGGGAUCCAUCAUCUGGAGGAGCUGGAGCAGUACAUCAAAGAAGGCGGGGGCAGCACUAUCGAUGUCGGACAGUAUGAGUUGCACCCGUGGCUCGAUCGGACUAACAUCACCGAGUGGUUGAAGAAGCGCAACAUUGUGGUGGAAGCGUACUCUCCCCUGGCGCAUGCAUAUCGCCUCGACGAACCGGUGUUGAAGACGAUCGGGAAGAAGUACAACAAGUCUCCCGCUCAGGUCAUGAUCCGCUGGAGUUUGCAGAAGGGCUUUGUUCCCCUUCCUAAAUCCGCCACCCCCGGUCGCAUCCAGGAGAAUGCCGAAGUGUUUGAUUUCGAGUUGUCCGAGGAGGAUGUGCAGUUGCUCAACACGGGCGAUUUUCUCUACAGUAAUCUUAUGACAAGUGGUUCGACCAUUGUCCGACAGCCAGCCACUGCCAAAUCCAAUGUCGAACUGAUCAACUCUCUGCGAUCGAAUUUUCAGACGGCGCAACACCUUUCUUCGACCUCCGCCGACGCCGCGACGGGCGGGGUACCAAAGGUUCAGCAGUAUCUUUCCUGGACGAAAAUAGCCGAUAACGCGCUCUACAUCCCCGCCAUCGAUUUCUCGCAGCGUGGUCUCGCUGAAGAACGAUCCCAGUAUGACAUUACGGUGAAACUGUUCUACCUGCCGGGGAUUCCGGCAUCCCGACGAUGCGCCCAUACCCGGGAGGCAAUCGAUUUAGUAUUGAAGGAGCUCCAUGCCGACUCUAUCGACUUGUUGAUCGUAUCCUUCCCUGGGAUUCUCUUUGAUGCGGAGGACGACAGCGACGACGAGAUGUCUUCCGACAACGGCAGCGAGGAGCCAGAUGAUUUUGACAGUAUGAUCCAGACAUGGAGGACCCUGGAAGGCCUCCAAGAGAAGGGCCUGAUUUCUCAGCUGGGUGUCGCCGAAUUCGGAAGUGAGAGACUGGCUCGAUUUCUGCCUCAUACGAAGGUCAAGCCCUCGGUCGACCAGAUCAAUCUGAAGGACUGCUGCGUUGUGCCGAAGUCUUUGAUCCUCUACGCCAAGCAGGAGAACAUUCAACUCCUCACCCACAAUGAUUGCAUGGAUAUUCUGCCUAGCGGUACCACUCGCGAUCUCCUCGGUCCUGGUGAAAAGGGCGCCGGGAUUCUUGCGUCCGCCCCUAACGCCGAGGAUGGCAUCCAGGGCGAUGUCGAGCCGCAGUGGGUGGUCAAGUACACGGCUGUGGUCAAGGACCGUGGAGUGGUUGAAAACAAGGGAUACUUUGCACUUGCGGAUGUCGGAAGUUGUGUGAAAGAUCGUGCAUGA